AUGAUCAGUCUACUAUCAGUGAACAUUCUUCUAAAGUCUUUGAAAGCUUCAUUGAAGAAUGCUCUGAAACACUCUCUCAAUUUAAAGCUGCUUAAUGAAGCUGGUUCUCUUGAUAAGAAUAUUGAACACUCAGAUAUCUACUGUUUAAGUAAGAUAAUAUCAGAUCAACAGAUAGAGCAUCUCAAGAUAAUACUUGAGAUGAACAAGAGAAAGCAAAGAGUCUUAGAACUUGAACUACAACUGAAAAAACUCUGUCAACAGAGAUUCUCAUUCUUCACAGAUUGA